AUGAUCCAGCCACGGUCCCGCAAUUGGAUGGCCUACCUGCAGACGGGGUUCAACUACGCCCACGGCCUGUCGGCUGGCGGCGCCGCCACGGUCAGCGACAAGGGGCGGCUGCGGUAUCCUGACGGCCGCCGCAACUACUGCGGCGACGCGCACAACGAGGACCGGUGGGAUAAGCCCACGUCGCCUGUGGUGACUUACACCACAGGGCAAGUCAUCAACGUUGAUGUCGUGGUGGCGGUCAACCACAUGGGCCGCAUGAGCAUGCAGGUUUGCCCCUUGGACGCCAAGCCCAAGCAGGGCAAGUGCAAGAAUCUGUACCUCAAAGGCCAUGGCGUGAAGAAGGGCGUGAAGUCUUGGUACCUCCCGGGCAUAGACAAGUGGACGGGCGGCAACUAUGGCGGCGACGCCCCGCGAUACGGUGACGGCACCUUCUCCGCGUACCGCAUGCCCGCGAUCCCCGACACUGCCGGCUGGGGCUGCACCAGCCAGCGGCUCUGCAACGCGUUCAAGGACAUGUGGGUAUACCGCACAAAGUGGGCCCUGCCCAAGGACUUCAAAUGCAGCCACUGCAAGCUACAAUGGGUCUGGACCACCGGCCACAGCUGCUGGCCGCCGUGCGAGAAGGGGAACCCGUUCCCGCAGUGCACCAACAAGCAGGUGUACCCAACCUGCGGCACCAAAGGCGCCGCCUACCCAGAGGAGUUCUACAACUGUGCUGACGUGACCAUCACUGACAACGCCCGCAUCGACCCGGCCACCAACUACCCGCCCUGGAAUUGGAAAGUGGACAUCCAGCACGGCACCUGGGGAGAGGUGCGCCCCUCGAUCAUGCACAAGGACUGA